CCCUAACUCUCUCCCUUUCAAUAAAAUUUUCUUUCCCUCCUCGCCCAGAUCCAGAUCUGCCAGCUGCCUUCCAUAGAUAAAAAAAAAUUUCAUCUCCGCCAAAUCCAAUCUUUAAUCUUCCUUUUUUUAUUUCUUGUUCUUUAGCCGCUUUUCACUUUCUGUUCUAUGCUUCUAUUUCUUCUCCAAUUCUCGUUCUUCUCUUUUAUUAAUCUCACAAGCUCUAUAGCUCACUCUUUCUCUAUAUUUCUCUUUUUAAUCUCCAUCUUUCUACAAGUUUUAUAACUUGAAAGCCCAAUCUCCUUCAUCCCAAAAAGGAUACGGGACACUUAAAUGCAAAGAUACCUCAAAGAUGGAGGACUAAAUUAAUUACUUUCCGUUUAUUUUUCCACGACAACCGGAAAUUAAUUAACUAGUCGUAGGAGAAAAUGAUAACGAGCUUCUUGCUGCUGCCCCCGGCCAACUUCCUGCCGUCUUCUCUGAAAUCCUCAAACCCUUCCCGGCGAUAUUCUCAAUCAUCGUCAUCCCCACUGUCAACCAAGCCCCCCGGAAAGUUUAAACCCCUCAAUGAUCGUCUGCACAAACACCUCAAUUCCGGUCACCUCCAGAAAGCGAUCUCUACCCUGGAUCUCAUGGUCCAGCAGGGCACCCACCCGGACCUCCUCACUUACUCUCUCCUCCUCAAGACCUGCAUCAGGUCACAGGACCUCCACCAUGGCAAGCUCGUUCAUAACUACUUGACAAUGUCUGAACUCGAGCUUGACUCCGUCCUUUUUAACAUGCUAAUUAGCUUGUACAUGAAAUGUGGUGAAUGGACUACAGCUCGGAUGAUAUUCCAAAGUAUGGGGGAUAAGAGAGAUGUGGUCUCCUGGAGUGCGAUGAUUUCAUGUUUUGCUAAUAAUAAUAUGGAAUUUGAAGCGAUUGCGACAUUUAUUGAUAUGAUCAAAAAUGGGUUUUCCCCUAAUGAGUAUUGCUUUACAGCGGUGAUUCGGGCUUGUUCAAAGGCAGAAAAUUUUUCUAUAGGAGAAGUGAUUUUUGGGUUAUUGAUAAAGGAUGGGUAUUUCGAUUCUGAUGUGAAUGUUGGUUGUGCUUUAAUUGAUAUGCUAGUGAAGGGAAGUGGCGAUUUGGAAUCUGCAUAUAAGGUGUUCGAUAGGAUGUCUGUGAGAAAUGUGAUCACUUGGACUUUGAUGAUAACUAGAAGUACACAGUUGGGGUACCCAAAUGAUGCUAUUGAUCUGUUCUUAGAUAUGAUUUUAAGUGGCUACAUGCCUGAUCGCUUUACUCUAAGCAGUGUCACGUCGGCUUGUUCUGAGUUAGAAUUUUUGGUAGACAUGUACGUUAAGUGUGUAGCAGAUGGCUCGAUUGAUGAUUCUAGACGAGUGUUUAAUAGAAUGCCAAGGCACAAUGUGAUGUCUUGGACAGCAAUCAUCACAGGGUAUGUGCAAAGUGGAGGACGUAACAAGCAGGCUAUUGAACUUUUUUGCAAAAUGAUUCAGGGCCCAGUUGCACCAAAUCAUUUUACAUUUGCCAGUGUGCUUAAAGCCUGUGGAAAUCUUUCUGAUUCAGACAUAGGCAAACAGGUUUACACUCAUGCAGUGAAAAGACGGCUUGCUUCGGAUGAUUGUGUUGGGAACUCCCUUAUAAGCAUGUAUGCACGUUCUGGUAAGGUUGAUGAUGCAAGAAAAGCUUUUGAAUCUCUGUUUGAGAAGAGUUUGGUUUCCUAUAAUGCUAUUGUUGAUGCAUACACUAAGAACUUAGAUUCAGAAGAAGCAUUCCAACUUUUUCAAGAAAUUAGUGAUAUAGGAAUUGGGGUUAAUGCCUUCACAUUUGCUAGUCUCUUGAGUGGGGCUUCAAGCAUUGGUGCCAUUGGCAAGGGUGAGCAAAUCCAUGGCCAGGUGAUAAAAUCAGGGUUUGAGUCAAAUCUGUACAUCUGCAAUGCUUUAAUAUCUAUGUACUCUCGGUGUGGAGACAUAGAAGCUGCUUUCCAGGUUUUCAAUGAGAUGGCAGACCAAAAUGUUAUAUCAUGGACAGCAAUGAUCACUGGCUUUGCAAAACAUGGAUUUGCUACAAGGGCUUUGGAAACCUUCAAUAGAAUGCUUGAAGCAGGCAUAAGGCCUAAUGAGAUCACAUAUAUUGCUGUUUUAUCAGCCUGUAGCCACGCAGGUCUGAUUUCGGAUGGUUGGGAACACUUCAAGUCAAUGUACCAAGAACAAGGCAUUGUGCCAAGAAUGGAACAUUAUGCUUGUAUGGUUGAUUUAUUGGGCCGGUCAGGUUCACUUGUAGAAGCCCUUGAGUUUAUGAACUCGAUGCCCUACACAGCAGAUGCUUUGGUCUGGCGUACAUUUCUUGGAGCCUGUCGAGAGAAAAUGAUAACGAGCUUCUCGCUGCUCCCUCCGACCAAAUUCCCGCCGUCUUCUCUGAAAUCCUCAAACCUUUCCCGGAGAAAUUCUCAAUCAUCGUCAUCCCCACUGUCAACCAAGCCCCCCGGAAAGUUUAAACCCCUCAAUGAUCGUCUGCACAAACACCUCAAUUCCGGUCACCUCCACAAAGCGAUCUCUACCCUGGAUCUCAUGGUCCAGCAGGGCACCCACCCCGACCUCCUCACUUACUCUCUUCUCCUCAAGGCCUGCAUCAGGUCACAGGACCUCCACCAUGGCAAGCUCGUUCAUAAAUACUUGACAAUGUCUGAACUCGAGCUUGACUCCGUCCUUUUUAACAUGCUAAUUAGCUUGUACAUGAAAUGUGGUGAAUGGACUAAAGCUCGGAUGAUAUUCCAAAGUAUGGGAGAUAAGAGAGAUGUGGUCUCCUGGAGUGCGAUGAUUUCAUGUUUUGCUAAUAAUAAUAUGGAAUUUGAAGCGAUUUCGACAUUUAUUGAUAUGAUCAAAAAUGGGUUUUCCCCUAAUGAGUACUGCUUUACAGUGGUGAUUCGGACUUGUUCAAAGGCAGAAAAUUUUUCUAUAGGAGAAGUGAUUUUUGGGUUAUUGAUAAAGAGUGGGUAUUUCGAUUCUGAUGUGAAUGUUGGUUGUGCUUUAAUUGAUAUGCUAGUGAAGGGAAGUGGCGAUUUGGAAUCUGCAUAUAAGGUGUUCGAUAGGAUGUCUGUGAGAAAUGUGAUCACUUGGACUUUGAUGAUAACUAGAAGUACACAGUUGGGGUACCCAAAUGGUGCUAUUGAUCUGUUCUUAGAUAUGGUUUUAAGUGGCUACAUGCCUGAUCGCUUUACUCUAAGCAGUGUCAUGUCAGCUUGUUCCGAGUUAGAAUUGUUCUCCCUAGGGCAACAAUUGCAUUCUUUGGUUAUAAGGUCAGGUUUGGCUUCGGAUGUCUGUGUUGGUUGUAGUUUGGUAGACAUGUACGUUAAGUGUGUAGCAGAUGGCUCGAUUGAUGAUUCUAGACGAAACGGUGACGUUAACGGAAUUAUCUCCGGCAGCGAUGAUCGUCUGAUGAAGAGUUUGCAACUGAAGAACAAGGAGGAUAAUCUGAGUCUUCAGAGGUCGCUGGCAUUGUCUUCAUCAACGGUGAAGUCUGAGGAAAACGUUGUCGUUUCGGGUUUUGGAGAGAGAACGUGUGAGAAAACUGACGAUUCACGGAAUUUCACGUGCAUGUUCCACGGGUUCCUAUCGGUGAUGGGCCGGCGGAGGGAGAUGGAGGAGGCCGUGAAAGGACAGCAACCGGAACACUGCGGCUAUCAUGGGUUUGAACUCUCCUGCGAAGAAAAGCAGAUUGUGCUCAAGCUGCCACGGAAUGUAAAGUUGUUCGUGAAGCGUAUAGAUUACAAAGCACAGAGGAUUCAGUUAUAUGAUCCUCAGGGUUGCCUUCCCUUGCAACUUCCCAAUCUCAAUUUAUCUGCAUCUCCCUUCCAGUACUUGAGACUAACUCCCUUCCGGUUCAAUUCUGCCGAGUCAAAGUACAAUCUUUUCAAUUGUUCAAGGGAAGCAACUGUGGGUAUUAAUUAUGAAUUUUACGAGAUUCCUUGCUUAAGCGUCCCAGGCUUCCAAGUUCUAGCUUUUCCUUCCGAUUCUACAUCUGCUUUUAACUUGAUAAGUUGUAGGAGAACGUUACUCAACAUAUCGGAGACAGCGGUAUACGAAGAUAUGUUGUAUUACCAGACAGGGGAUGUUCAUUUGAGUUGGUCCCAACCAGAUUGUAGUAAAUGUGAAGAAGGAGGCAGCAAAUGCAAGCUGAAGAAUAAUAAUAGGAUACAGGAUGACACAGAGUGUUAUGGUACCACCAAGAAUCAAAGAGUUGUUGAAAUUUUUCCUUACUUUAGUUGUUCAAUUGCCUUGGUGUUGUUACUUUGUUAUGCGGAAAAUGCUAUUGGUUGCGGGCAUAAUCCUAGGUCCUCAACAAUUUCAAAGCAACUGGAGAAGAAUUCAUUAAUGAAGUUGGAUCAAUGUGCCGAAUCCAUCAUGUCAAUGUCACUCGCUCGAUUGGGUUUUGUGCAGAUGGAAAUAAAAGAGCUCUUGCUUACGAGUACAUGCCAAAUGAAUCAGAUCUUUGCAACCAGAGACCAAAGUUGUUCCCUCAGUUGGGAGAAUCUUCAAGAUAUUGCAAUAGGAAUAGCGAAAGGAAUUGAGUACUUGCACCAAGGUUGUGAUAAACAAAUCCUUCAUUUUGACAUCAAGCCUCACAAUAUCUUGCUAGACCAUCACUUCAAUCCUAAGAUCUCCGACUUUGGUCUAGCAAAGCUGUGUUCCAAAGAACAAAGGGCUGUUUCUAUGACAGCAGCCAGAGGAACAAUGGGAUAUAUUGCGCCUGAGGUACUGUCUAGGAACUUUGGAAAAGUGUCAUAUAAAUCAGAUGUUUAUAGUUUUGGAAUGCUAUUGUUGGAAAUGGUAGGGGGGAGGAAGAAUAUUGACAUCACAGUGGGGAGUACAAGCCAAGUUUAUUUCCCAGAAUGGGUGUAUAAUUGCUUGGAGAGAGGAGAAGUGCUGGGGAUUAGAAUAGAAAAUGAGGGGCAUGCCAAGAUAACAAGAAAACUUACAAUUGUUGGACUUUGGCGCAUCCAGUGGUACCCAACAGACCGACCAUCAAUGAAAUCAGUGGUUCAUAUGUUGGAAGGAGAAGCAGACAGUUUGACAAUGCCACCAAAUCCCUUUGGCCAUGUAGAUGGAGCGCAGACAAGUGCCAACAUCCCUAGGAGACCAAUUAACAGAUAAUUAGCAGUAAUCUCUGAAUUAGAAUGAUGGAAAUUCUUUCUAUUCUACACUUUUUUUUUUUAAUGUUUUCUAAAUAAUCGUACUACAGAAUGAAAUUUAUAAUAAUUG